ACGAGCCUCCAUUGCCACAGACAGAUCCGGGACUCAGUAUGUUAGAGGGUCGAAUGAUGGUUGACGUUCGUCACUUCAUGGUGCAAUGCCGUCUUCUGGAGAGACACAGGUGUCCCAUUUCAUCUUCAGGAACAUAUUUUCUGGAAAGUGUCAACAGGUACGGUCUGCUGACAAAUUUUAAAUUUAAGUGCACUCACUGCAAUCAAGAGCAGCAGUUCAAAUCUGAGCCUGUGGAAUGCCUUCCAGUGGGAAGAAAAAGAAAAUGCAAAAUCGAUACCAACUUAGAUAUCAACGAUAAGAUUGUUUGGGGCGCAAUUUCGGUUGGUCUAGGCUACGGACCAUUGUAUGAACUAUUGUCACUAAUUGAUAUGCAUCCUAUGAGCCCGGGUUGCUUUUCUUAUCACGAGAACAGAAUCGGAGAGCACUGGAAGGCAAUGUUGCAGAAGGAAAUGGAAGAUGCUGCACUGGAAGAGUUCUCUAUGGCGAAAGAUGAUGGACGCAUCUGUAUGGUUGGAAAUGAGGAAUAUGCUUGGACCAUAGGAAUUUUGGAUGGAGGUUGGAGCCAAAGAUCCUAUGGUCAUAGGUAUUCUGCUAAGUCUGGAUGUGCUAUAAUAAUUGGCUUCUACACUAAGAAAUUGUUAUUCCUUGGUGUGAGAAACAAAUAUUGUACCGCAUGCAUUCGGAGCGAACGGAUGGAAAAGGAACCCACGCCUCACCUGUGUUUCCGGAACUGGACUGAUUCUUCCACUGCAAUGGAGGCAGACAUUAUAGUGGAAGGUUUCCGGUUCUGUGAAGCCAAGUACAAACUUCAAUUUAAGAAGUUUGUUGGUGAUGGGGAUUCAAGUGUGCAUGCAGCCAUAGUUGCAAAUGUUUCGUACGGAAGAGAUGUUGAAAAGAUUGAAUGUGCUAACCAUGUCGUGAAGAAUCUCAAAAAGAAUCUUUAUGCCAUAGCCAAGGGCAUCCAUAUGCGGCAUCUCAGCCAGUCGAAAAACAAAGCCCUCUGUCGCUGUGCAAGAGAGUUGUCGACGGCGAGCUUUGCUUGA